GGGAUGAGGGGGGCCAACCGUGAAAUCCACGGAGCAAACAAUGUGAAGGGGAGGGCGGUCCCGACAACACACCCAGAUUAAUCUCCAGGUGCACUUCACUUGAGGGGUAAACUGUAGGCUUAUCUUGACGCAGAAAGGAAGCCUCGCGCCCGCGAGGAAGCUUCGAGCGUGAACUGCACGUCUCGAAGGUGACAACCCCAAUAUCCAGACGCGGUGAGACCAGCGGUUACCAACCAGGGCGGCCAAGUACACAAUGCAGGAGAGAUGCAGGCGAUGGCAGAGGGGAGUACCCGAAGCGUGCUGGGGUUCCGAUGAAAAGGAGGUGGCGGGUGUGCAAACAAUAAACGAGAGUCACGAUGCAAUAGCGGGGAGUAACGAGAAAACAGAGAUGAGGAGGAGGAAGAAGGAUGAAAGACUUGAAGAGGAGGGGAAGAGGAUAAGGAAGAGGGAGAGAGGGUGUGUGAAGAGGGAGGGAGUAAGUAGGAAGUUAGAAGGAGCACCAACAGGAGGCGGCAAAAAGGGAAGGCCGGCCGUUGAGUUGAACAAAAGGCACUCGAGGUUUCACCACCCGCGGCUCCAAGGGGCGCACGGCUCUACUCUCCUCGAGAAUAUUAUUAUUAUCUCUCUCGAGGGAUGGUGAUGGGCUUCCUCUUCAACCCUGUGAAGCAGAUCACUGAAAUAGCCCCGGAAGAUAGAAUGA